AUGCCCCAGGCAAAAUGUCUGCCUCACGGACCGUGGACACCUCCAUGCAAUUACGACGAGGUAAACGUUUUACAAACAUUAAAAGGUGCUCUUGAAGAAAUCAAAAACUCGAAAUCGCAGUGUAGAAAGAACAUUGAUGUUAAAGAAAUAAUAAUGAAAUUGGUCAACGCCUUAGUAUACACAGCUGUUAACAACAUUAAAAAUGGAAGAUGUGGCAAAAAAAAUAUAGGUGGUAGUAAUAGUAAUGCAAUUAGCACUGGUGACAAGAAAACUCACACCACACAGGGCUACUCUGAUAAAGGACUCAUUAAUUUAGACGUACUCAACCCAAAUGAUCCCGACAAUGUAUUAAAACUUGAUAUCGCUGAUCAAGAAGUUCUCGGUAUUGGAUUGGGAGACACAGCACCUAACAGUAGCAAGGAUAUCACCAAAACCGACACCACACAAAACUAUUCUGACAAAGGUCUCAUUAAUUUAGACUUGCUUAAUUCUAAUCAUCCUGACAACGUUUUAAAAGUUGAUAUUGCUGAUCAAGAAGUCCUCGGUAUUGGAUUGGGAGGUACAGUACCUGACAGUAGCAAAGACACCACAAAACCCGACACCACACAAUACGAUUCUAACAAAGGGCUCAUUAAUUUAGACUUGCUUAACACGAAUGAUCCCGACAACGUAUUAAAACUUGAAAUUGCUGAUCAAGAAGUUCUCGGUAUUGCAUUGGGAGACACAGUACCCAACAGUAGCAAGGAUACCACCAAAACCGAAACCACACAAAACGAUUCUGACAAAGGGCUCAUUAAUUUAGACUUGCUUAAUACGAAUGAUCCUGAUAACGUAUUAAAACUUGAAAUUGCUGAUCAAGAAGUCCUCGGUGUUGGAUUGGGAGACACAGUACCAAAGACCACAAACACACACAAAACGAUCUGA